AUGUCUGUACAAGUCCUAUUGUUGCUCCCACUUUCUGUGCUGGUGCUUCUACUGUGUGCAGUAUGUGGGUCUGGGAUGGGUUUUUCUGUGGAAGAAGAGACUCUGGAGGAAAAGUGUGUGAACUUGGAUGCUCCACAGAACUUAUACAGUGAUGGUUUCUACCAGGAUGGUGAUGUGAUUAUCGGUGCUCUCGUUAAUGUACAUAACAUGGCUGCGACCCCUGACCUGAGCUUCACCAGAAAAGCUAAUUUAGCGCCAUGCUUAGGUUUUCAGGAACAUUCUGUGCGCUGGACUCAAGCGGUCGUGUUUGCAGUUGAAGAAAUUAACCGGAACCCCUCUCUGUUGCCAGGGGUCAGACUGGGUUAUAACAUAAUGGAUAGCUGUUCCCGUUACCCCCACAGUCUUAUGGCAGCUAUGUCAAUGAUCAGUAGAGGAAACAAAACUUGUGGCAUCACUAGACCCGCCAAGGUCCUCAUUGGAGAUUCUUCUUCUACUCAAAGCAUUCUUCUUUCCAGGACCCUACGUCCCCUGCAGAUCGCAGUGAUCAGCUACCUGGCCAGCUGCCCGUGUCUAAGUAACAGGCAAAUAUACCCUAAUUUUUUCCGCACUAUCCCCAGUGAUGCCUAUCAGGCGCGCACCAUGGCACAGAUGGCCAAACACUUCGGCUGGACCUGGAUUGGAGCCGUGGUUGCCGAUAACGACUAUGGACGCGGGGCUGUGCAGGUGUUUGAGGAGGAAAUCAAAGGCACGGAAAUCUGCUUGGCUUUUUUUCACACACUCUACAGGGAGCAAUUAGCAAAGGAUGUGGCCCGUGCCGCCACAACAGUUCAAGCCUCUUCUGCCCGUGUGAUCCUGGUGUUUGCCUGGUAUGUGGAUGUAGAGGUGUUUCUUUUGGAAUUGGUCCGUAGGAAUGUGACUGACAGGCUGUUCCUGGCCAGUGAGAGCUGGAGCACUAGCACCUAUCUCUUGGCCAAUCCCCAGCUCUACACCAUCGCUAAGGGAAUAGUCGGUGUAGCUUUAAGAAGCGCGGCCAUACCUGGUUUUAAUGCGCAUCUCCGGCAGCUACAUCCUGCCCGUUACCCCGAUGAUGAAUUUUUGAGGACCUUCUGGGAAAAAACAUUUGGCUGUAGCCUUACGAAAAGCUCUUCCAUGGCCUUUCAGAAAGCUCUUCCUCCAUGCAGUGGCAGGGAGAGUCUGGAGGGUGUUCAGAGUCGAUUUACUGAUACUUCUUACCUGACAGUGGCAUAUAAUAUUUAUUUAGCUGUAUAUGCUGUGGCUCAUGCACUUCAUUCUUUGCUGGCAUGCACCCCGCAAAAUAACUCGGAUCCUACAAUAAAACCAAAGUGCUCCUCUCCAGACAACAUCACUCCAGCACAGCUUUUACAGCACAUUGGACAAGUUCGUUUCACCACUCAGAUAGGAGAGAAGUUUUAUUUCCAGAAUGGCAGCAUCCCACCUGUCUAUAACCUGGUAAAUUGGCAGAGAACUCCUGAUGGUUCUCUCCAGUAUGUUUCCAUCGGACGAGUAAAUGGGAACCAGCUCAUUAUUAAUGAGUCAGCUAUUUCAUGGCCUGGAGACCUUGGGAAGAUUCCUGUGUCCGUGUGCACUUCCGAGUGUCCCCCUGGGACACGUAAAGCCAUUAAGAAGGGUCUGCCAGUGUGCUGUUUUGACUGCCUGCCCUGUACGGAGGGGGAAAUCAGUAACAGUACAGGCUCAAUAAAAUGCUAUCGCUGUCCCCAAGAGUUCUGGUCUAAUAGUUUCAGAAAUGAAUGUGUGCCCCGUGAGACUGAGUUUCUCUCCGUUAGAGAAACGAUGGGCAUCACGCUGAUAAGUAUUGCUGUUUCGGGUACUAUCAUAACAGCUACAGUUGCUGUGAUUUUCUUGUACCAUAAGAGCACUCCGAUAGUUAAGGCCAACAACUCAGAGCUUAGCUUCCUGCUCCUGCUGUCUCUCAAACUCUGCUUUUUGUGCUCGCUGGUGUUUGUAGGCCAGCCAUCGCUCUGGUCAUGUAGGUUUCAACAGGCUGCAUUUGGGAUAAGUUUUGUCCUGUGCAUAUCCUGUAUUCUGGUUAAAACAAUUGUGGUUCUAGUUGCAUUCCACUCCACUAGACCUGGAUCCUCAGCUCUUAUUAAAUGGUUUGGACCGGGCCAGCAGAGAGGAAGUGUUUUGGUCUUCACCAGUGUUCAGGUGGUUAUCUGUGCCAUUUGGCUCCAUGUCAGUCCGCCUUCACCUCGCCGUAACUUUGGAAUACAUGGGUCAAAGGUCAUCCUUGAGUGCACAGUUGGGUCAGUUGUGGGAUUUUCGUGUGUACUGGGCUACGUUGGCUUUCUGGCUGCUGUCUGCUUCCUGCUGGCCUUCUUUGCUCGUAAACUUCCAGAUAAUUUUAAUGAGGCAAAAUUUAUCACUUUCAGCAUGCUGAUCUUCUGUGCUGUGUGGAUUGCAUUUGUUCCAGCAUAUGUCAGCUCGCCAGGGAAGUACAGCGUAGCUGUGGAAAUUUUUGCCAUAUUGGCUUCUAGUUUUGGACUUUUGUUUUGUAUCUUCGUCCCAAAAUGUUACAUUAUUUUACUCAAGCCAGAAAACAACACUAAAAAGUUUCUUAUGGGAAAAGCAUAA